GAAGCGAAUAUGUGAAACACUCACUUAUCUAUAUACAAACUUAACAUAAAAUAUGAUUCAUUCCUGGGCCCAAUCAGGAAGAGUUAUAUGUAUUUUAUGUCUACAUGUGAAAAUUUUAUACUUUUUUACGUUUUAAGUUUUAGUGUUUCAUCAGGUAUCGGAUAUCUAACCAGAUUGUGACAUGAUAAAUUAGCUAUGGCAGCAUCUGACAGUGAGAGAUAUUUGAGGUACUUACUCCUGCUAGGAGAAGGUGGACUGCUUGUUUUGCGAGGUAUAGUGCUUAAAGAAGCAUCCAAGAGAAGACAAUCAUUACAUGCCAUACUUGAAAACAACAGAGCUAUGCUUUCUAGUAAAAUAAGCAAUCAGCAACAAUGUAGACACAUAUAUCCAACAGCAUCCUCUGUGGAUGCCGACCUUUCGACAUGGGAUAUAAAUCUGCUUGGAAUAGUUAUAAUACAUGUCUUUGGCAACACCCUUGACCAGAGAGAAGUAAAUGGAGUGAAAGAAAUACAUGACAGUAGGGUUGAUAUAUCAGAAAAUGAAUCAUGCAUGUAUUUAGAGGAGAUGGAGUAUCGCCAAAAGAGACUGAAACUCUCUUUAACACUUUUACACUUAGCGGAUGAGACAGAUUUCAAUACCCAUUAUAUGUGUCUGGAAAUCAUAUCUACUACCGGAGCCGCACCAUACAGCAUACACACGUUACUUCAGAAACUGGCGGAUCUUCGUGAAUUUCAGAGUGAAAUGAUGGAAACCCUUUACACACAGCUAGAUAUGGUCAUCAAAGAGGAAGAUUAUAUGAAUGCAAAAUCAAGCGAAGAGAGAGAUAGCGAUGGCAACAUAAUCACACACACACUUGGAGAAAGAAUGACUGAUCUGCACGUUGAGAGUUGGUAUUUUGGACCUUUAACAAGGGACGAAACAAGCGGAAUAUUUGACAAUGUGGAUACAGAUGGUGUGUUUCUCGUACGUGACUGUCAGUCGAACCCGGGAAAUUUAGUUCUCAGUGUUAAGGAGGGUGGGAAAGUGAGUCAAUACUUUAUCCGUCGUGUACUUGUAGACGGGCAUAUCAAGUUCCAUAUUGGAGAGGGGGAUAAAACCUAUGACAGUGUGGCCGAGAUUGUUGACUUCUACUCCACACACUACUUAAAUAAAACGGCUCUCACAAAACCGGCUCCAAGACAGAAGUUUGUCACAAAGUCAGACUUUGAAGGCAAUAAUCCAAAAGAUUUGUCGUUUAAGAAAGGUGACAUUCUGGAAAUUAUUUCAAAGGAGGAGGACAGAUGGUGGUAUGCUAGGGACUCUGAUGGCAGAAUUGGAAUAGUACCCGUACUUUAUCUUACACAUUUACAGGAUGGAGAAGAAGCCUCCGGACAAAAAGAGAAGCCUGCAGUAGCACCAAAACCACGUAAAGAGACACCUAGAGAUGCAUCACCACCACCGUCAGUCCCAAAGCGGUUACCAUCAAAGGCUGUAGUAACUAAGGCAAGGAUUUCAAACCCUUACGACAAGACUCAGCUAACACUGCAUGAGGGGGAUAUUGUUGUUGUUACGAAGAUGUUUGCAAAUGGACAAUGGCUUGGAGAGUGCAGGGGAAAAACAGGAAUGUUUCCCUACAGACACGUGACAUUUCUUGACGAUAUGUGAUUAGAAAACAAAUAAUUUAUGAAACAAAACUUACACGAAACAAAUUAUUUAGGUACAAAUUACCAAAAACCUACAAAAAUGUUGAUUUAUGCCGUGAGUGAUGUAAAUGUAUAUUUCCAAAUGCUGAGUGGAAAGUGUAUCUAUGUGCAAUAGUUGUGUCCUAUGCAAACAUUUCAUUCAUCAUAUUCAGUUGGAUUUUUCUACAGUACCAUAACUCUUGAUAAAAGCCAUUGUCUAAACUAUAUCUCCAACAGCACUGUGUGGUGGGAGGCAUAUUUAUUCAUUCCUAUAUGUCUAUCUGUCUGUCGUUCUGUCUGUCUGUCCGUACGUCUGUCACAAAUCUUGUUCGCACUUUAAGUCGAACAUUUCUCAUCCGAUCUUCACCAAACUUGAACUAAAUGACCGUGUUUGCCAAUAAAUCCCCGGCAAAGUUCGAUAACUAGCCAAUCGGCCAAGGCUCUUUGGACUUAUAGCUCUUGAAUUAUCGAACAUUGCUUAGGACUUAGGAACAUAAAAGGCCGCUGCAUCUUUCUGUUUUAAAUCAGAAUGGAUACAUUGGGAAACAACGAUGUUCCUAACAGAACACCAUAGCUUUGGCCUAGCAAAACAUCAUAAGUAUUGAAAGUUAUCCAGAUGUUCUCGUGGCAAUGUUUGAAAUAUGCAGUAUAUAUAAGACUUGCCAUAGAUUAAUUGUGUUCCUUUUUGUUUCCAUGAUGGUAAUUUUACAUUAUUUGCAUGAAUAAUGUGACAAAUACAUGCAUCUACUUACAUACUGACUGUGAUACGUAUUAGGCCGAGAUGGCGUGUAUAAUGAUUAAACAUUUUAUUGAAUGAUUGUAGCAGUGUGUGUGUGCGUGCGUGCGUGUUCGGGUUCGCGAUGAAGCUACUAGUGACUCUUUUUACGUCUUUGGUAUGACGCGGCCGGGGAUCGAACCCACGAUCUCCUGCACUCGAAGCGGACGCUCUACCACUAGGCUUCCGAGGCGGUUAGCAUUUUGCACUGUAUUUGAUAGUUAGGCUGAGUUAAGACCACGGCUAAGAUAGUUAUUUAGUUAUGUUUUUAAAACUAUACUGAAAAGAUAUUGACUGAAAACGCUUGCAGACGAAGUUGUUAAAGUACAUUAAUUCAGAUUGGGACUAAAUUGUCCGCCAGUCAUUACGCUGUAUUAAGAAGUAUAAUCAGAAUGAAUUUCACGAAGACAGUCCAUGUGGGAGGAAAAUGUAAACAUUUUGGUUGUGGUUUGCCUUUAAAGACCCAGAACAACCUAGUAAACAACUGUUUCCUUCCAUGUGAACUUGGUAAAAAUCUUUCUGAUACACUAUACACUUUGUUUUCGUCUAAUAUAUAUCACUUUAAAUUUGUAACUACACUCUUUUAUUUCACUUCUUUUUCCAUGCAAAUCAUAUGUAAUUACUAUCACGGAAAUACAAAAGAAUCCAGUAAUUCUCAGCUCCUUUCUUGCAACCUUAAUUGGAAAUUUUAAAUGGCUGUUAGAAGUAUCGGCUUAUAAUUACACACUGUGAUAAUAGAUGACAAAGUAUUUGCAAAUUUGUUUAACAAACUAGAGUAAAACUGUAUAUUAGUA